AUGCUUCCACCAUUUGAUUACUUCACCUAUCGGCGUGUCCGGACCAUCAAGCGCCAGGAACGAGCUGCGCGGUUCGCUUCUCUGCCUCCAGACUAUCAUGCGCCCUUUACAUCAGCGGACAAAAGGAUAGUUUCGGAGCCCAUUGAAGAGCUCGUACAGACGGUCCAGGAGGGCACGCUCUCCCCUGUCGAUGUCCUCCGGACGUACGGCAAGGUUGCCGUGAAAGCACAAGAGAAGACGAACUGCAUUACAGAACUUCUACUUCCCGAGGCGGAAACCUGGGCUCAGACUGAGGUCAACCUCAAGGGCCCGUUGGCUGGAGUGCCCGUCUCGUUGAAAGACUCAAUCCAGGUCAAAGGGUUCGACAUCUCACUCGGGUACUCCCGUCUGGCGGGGAAACCGUAUGCAGAGGAUGGCCCGCUGGUGAAACUGUUGAAAGAUGCAGGGAGGCUGACCAUUGCAGGCGCGGUACCGUAUGCGAAAACAGCACUCCCUGUGACGCUUCUGUCGUUCGAAUCGGCCAACGCGCUCUGGGGACCCUGCCUCAACCCUCACGUACCCCAGUAUUCUCCCGGCGGAUCAACAGGCGGAGAGGGUGCUUUGCUCGCUCUGGGUGGCCGCAUCGGUAUUGGCUCGGACGUCGCGGGUUCUGUCCGUGUUCCCGCUGCAUGGAGCGGUAUCUACUCUCUCCGUUGCAGUACCGGUCGCUGGCCAAAGAAUGGUGUCAACACCAGCAUGGCGGGGCAGGAGGGGGUGCCGAGCGUUUUCAGUCCAAUGGCUCGUACGUUAAAUGACUUGACGUACUUUACCCGAUCAAUCAUCAGCAUGAAGCCGUGGAAGUACGAUUACACCGUUCAUCCAAUCACCUGGCGGAGUGAGGAAGAGAGCGAGGCAAAGAGCAAGUCUCUGAGAGUCGGAUUGAUGGCAACUGAUGGCGUCAUUCCUCCCACUCCGGCUAUUCAACGCGCUGUGACUACCACGGCGGCUGCCCUUUCUGCUGCAGGACACCAAGUCGUCGAGAUCACACCCCCAGCGACUGCGGACCCGUUUACCGGCCUUCACCUUGCCUCGCAGCUCUUGAAUUCAGACGGCUGCGAGACUUUCAACUCGCACUUUUACAGCUUCGAGCCGUCCGAUCCGGGUGCUGCGCAACUGUCCCUGAUUGCAAACCUGCCCCGUCCUCUUCGGUACCUCUACUACCUCUAUGUGCGGUAUAUCCGCCGCGAUGAGAAAUGGGCAACUUUGAUCCAGAGCUUCGGUUCCAAGAGCGCAGCCCAGCAAUGGAAGCUCGUCGCAAAGCGCGAGGCCUUCCGGUCAACCUGGCAUGCCUGGUGGGACGCUGAGUCACAGCAGUACGACUUUAUCCUGUGCCCGGUCAACGCGACACCCGCGCUUCCACACAAGGCCAUGAAGGACGCUGUCUCGUCUUGCGGAUACACCUUUCUCUGGAACCUGCUCGACUACACCACCGGUGUGCUGCCGGUGUCGCACGUCGACCCGAAGAAGGAUGCUCUGACGGCUCCGUAUAAAACGGUUUUGAAGCAGCUGGGGGCCAACCAUGCUCUCGCGCAGGGUGCCUGGAAGCACUACGAUGCGUCUAAAAUGGCAGGCCUGCCCACGGCUGUGCAGGUGGUCGGUAGGAGGUGGCAGGAAGAGAAGGUGCUCGGGUACAUGGCGGCCGUUGAGAGCGCCUUAGAGAAGUUUCAUGAUCCAAUUACUGGCGAGGGAGGCAAAUACCCGUUAAUCGAGCUUGAUUAAUUAUUUAUCUUAUUAUGAAGCAUUCAAUGAGAACAACUUUGGCUGAUUUUGAGCAUUGCGAUCAAGAUGUCUUGAUGGAUGUUGCAGUCAAACAUGCAGGAACACAAUAUAAUAUCGUUCAACUACAAUAAAUAGAUGCAUUGCAGAACU